CGUUGCUCUAGUAGCCGCCAGGAGAUCGAAAGUGAGUCUGCGGGAGCGAGCGAGCGUGCGUGGACGAGGUGACGGCUCAUGUUUGUGCGCAUGGAACCGGAAGCCCGCCGGGAAGCUGGUUUGCUCCAACGGCUGGCAGAAGCUGCGUGACGCCGCGCUCCCUCGCUUCGAAGGCUCGCACCCGACUGGAAGCCGAGUCGUCGCGGCGGCGGUUGGGACCUCAGCUCGUACAGGAAAUGAAAGAGCAUUUGGAAACAGGUGCAAGAUGCUGUUGGUGCCUCAGCGCUAGUAUGAGUGUGUCAGUACUCUGGCAGGGUACAUUUCCUAACCGUGAGAUGAUGUUGGCUUUUAAAGUAGUUUCCACAUUACAGUUUUCACCUACGAAGCAUGUAUGUCGUUCAACUAUGUGGACCGUGGCAAUUGCAGCUUGGAAUUAGUAUAGUUCACCAGUUUUGCAAGGUGUGGCUGCCACUAGCACCCAUGAAUGUGUUUAAUCAAAGUAAAGCUGCAUAGUAACUAUGCUUGCAGAUGGGUCAAGGGUUGUGGAGAGUGGCAAGGAACCAGCAGUUACAACAACAGGAAUACGGAGGACAAAGCUGUCUUUCCAGGGAGAAUGGUAGAAGGAUGACUGUUAAUAAUGUUUCAAAUACUAAUCAUCGGAAACAUGCCCAAGGAGGAAUUGACAUUUACCACCUGUUGAAAACUCGGAAGUCAAAAGAACAAGAAGGAUUCAUCAACCUAGAAAUGUUACCUCCUGAACUUAGUUUUACCAUUUUGUCAUACCUGAAUGCAACGGACCUCUGUCUGGCUUCAUGCGUGUGGCAGGAUCUUGCUAACGAUGAGCUUCUGUGGCAGGGGUGGAAAACAUAUUUACUAACCCUUCUUCACCGCAACAACCCUGUCAGAUGGGUUGGGCUAAAAAAGAGCAGCCAAAUGCCACCCAGCCAGCUUCUAUGCCUAAGACUGUGCAAAUCCACUUGGGGUCACUGUUCCAUAUACAAUAAGAAUCCACCUCUUGGAUUUUCUUUUAGAAAACUGUAUAUGCAACUAGAUGAAGGCAGCCUCACUUUUAAUGCCAAUCCUGAAGAGGGAGUUAACUACUUUAUGUCCAAGGGAAUAUUGGAUGAUUCACCAAAGGAAAUAGCUAAAUUUAUCUUCUGUACAAGAACUUUAAAUUGGAAGAAACUGAGAAUAUAUCUUGAUGAAAGGCGAGAUGUUUUAGAUGAUCUUGUGACAUUACACAACUUCAGAAAUCAGUUCUUGCCAAAUGCACUGAGAGAAUUUUUCAAACACAUUCAUGCCCCUGAGGAACGUGGUGAAUAUCUUGAAACUCUCAUUACAAAGUUUUCACACCGAUUUUGUGCUUGUAACCCUGACCUGAUGAGAGAGCUUGGCCUUAGCCCAGAUGCUGUUUAUGUAUUAUGUUACUCUUUGAUCCUGCUUUCCAUUGAUCUUACUAGCCCUCAUGUGAAGAAUAAAAUGUCAAAGAGAGAAUUUAUUCGAAACACGCGUCGUGCUGCUCAGAACAUUAGUGAAGAUUUUGUUGGGCACCUAUAUGACAAUAUCUACCUUAUAGGCCACGUGGCUGCCUAAAAAGCCCAGUUUGUUAAGACUUACCAUCUGUUGUUAGAAGAAGUCAGCAAAUGAAGGAAUGUUAUCUGUUGUAGAUACUGUAUGGGAGUUAAAUUAGUGCUGGUUAUUCUAACACUUUCUGCAAUCAAAAUGUACACAAGCAACUUUUUUAGCAAUUUACUAUGGAAGCUGAAGAAUUUUUUGCAAUUUUUUUUAAACUUUGCUUACAGUUUGCACAGAACUUUGCAAUUAGUCUGACAUAUUACCAUUUCUGAAUGUUAAACUGACAUUAUAGUUUUAAACUGACAAGUUGGUGGACUUGUGCAGUUGAUUUGCUUGAACACUUUAACCAGUUCAUUUUUUAAAAAAAAUAUGUGAUAUGUACAUACUGUAUUUGACUAAAGAGAUUUAUAACCAUAAUUAUUUUAUUGUAAAAUAUUUUAAAUAAAGUUUUUUUUUCCUUUUUUUUUCCUACUAGAAGAUAUAUUGGAUAAUUUAUUUCUUCACAUAGUGAGACUGUGCAUGUUCUUUAAAAGUUUACUUCACAGAUGCAUAACCAGUUAUAAACUAUAUAAUACUCUAUGGGUUUGGACACCUAUGGUUCUUUGAUGAUGUUGAACUAUGAUUCCCACAGUCUUCACCAUUGGUCAAGUGGGGCUGUCAGGCAUUAUAGUACAACAGCACUUAGAGAGUUACAGGUUCCCCACCCCGAUUCAUAACCACCAAACUGGAAGACAGGGUAUCAGUCUAUCCUUGUGCCUCAAUAUCUAGUGCCUAAAAAUAUUUUAAAAACAAGGUUGGAUGCUUUUAUUAUUGUUGCUGUCUAGGUAUGCUUUCUAACAAUCAAGGUUUUGCAAGAAGAUUUAUUUACUUGCAUUAGUCAUACUCAUUUUGUCAUAUCUAGAGCGGAAAACAUUCUUCAUGAAUUAGAUUAAGAGACUGGGAUCCAAAGGAUCUAUCUGCACAAGCCUUCCCACCUCCUUCAGCCCUUUCUUCCUGCUCCCAUGAUAUCCCCAGUGUGCACUGUUUUCCUUUUUUUUUUCCCUCUCACUAGAAUUUUCUCCUGCCAAUCCUGUAAUUUUUUGUCUAAUAGGCAGUGAAACUUGGCUAUGCUCUAAUUCAGCACUUGCAAUACAAGAAGUGACCUGAGCAGACAUGGCUAAAGCAGAGCCUUUUGAAUGAAUAGUGGGAGAAAUGUAGCACUGACCCCAACAUUGUUCUCACUAUCAGGUAUAUUUGGGUCUGUUUCUAUAUACCCACAGGAGUGGUAAUUUAUAAGACCAUGGAAUGCCUUCUGAUAUUUUUUCUAUAUAAAUGAAGUAAAUAUUGUCCUUGUUUAAAUUUGCUGAAUUGGUAUAUGAUUGGAUUAAGGCACCUUUUAUUUGAGGGAGGAAGUGUCAUUUAAAAACUGGUAGGAGUAAAGUAAUUGUGGACUAUAGACUUUCUGCGUUGGCUUCAGCUAUCUGUCAAAAAAUCUUGCAGUCCAGAUGCAAAAAGAUGUAUAAUAUAGCCAGUGUCCAAAGUCAAACAGAGUAAAGCUAGUGGUUGGGCACCAGGAUUUCUCUGUCUCUUCUGCACCUCCUCUCAUAAUAUCAGGGGACUAAGUAAAAUUUUCUGUAACUGUGAAUCAAAGUUGAAGCGCACAAUUGAAUUCCAGCCAUAGUUCCUAAGUCCAAAUCUUACAUACAUAUAUAUAUAUAUAUAUAUAUA